AUGACGCUAGAGAGUAAUACUGAUUCGGACAAGGAAGUGGCCGAGUUAUGGGAGUUGGCUGGUCAACUGUCAAAUGCAUUGGCAAAGAAUAGAGAGAACAUGGAAUCCUUAGUCAAUGAUAUCGAGGAAUUGAAGCAACAAGCCAGUCAAUACAAUUUUCCAUUAAUUCGAACGGAUUACAAACUCCCACCAUUAACAGACACAUCAACUCCUCUUGACGUCGAAAACGUCCAAUUAGCAUGUGAGAAUCAAAAGCUGAUUAGUGAGAAUGCGAACUUGACUGAGACUGUAGAAGAGUAUGAGACUACUAUACGACUCGUUGUCAGCAAGUUUCGCACGCAAGCUAUUAAGAUACAACAGGCGAAGAAACAAUUGAACUAUAGAUUUGAAGAAAAGAUGGCAGAAGAGCGGUUAAGAACUCAGGCUCUCCAAUACGAAAACAAUGAUCUCCGUUCUCGCCUUGCAGAGACUGCCAAAUUGAUCCAAAAAACGUACAAUUCCCAAUUGGAAAUUGACAGUUCGACGAUAAUAUCCUCUCUAACAGAAGAAAAUCAACAAAUGCAAGAGGUGUUGGGUAUUGCUGAUGGUGUUUGUAUCGAUGGUGGUGAAGAGUAUGCGAUGAAGAGAGAUAAUGCGGUGGGUCGAACACUUGGGAAAAGACAUGAGAGUUUAGGAGGCGUUGAAGAUGUCGUUGAGGCGAGAGAGAGAGAUGUCCCGGGAAGAGUAUUCGCAUGGGAAGGCGGUGUGAAGGUUGAUGGGGAGUUUUUGGAGAAAGAUGGCUUAAAAUAG